CAACAUGGGAAGUGGCACCACAGCACUCACAUCUGACUGGCACACAUCAACCAGACCAAGGGCGACGGUGCAUUCUUUGGUCAGCCACUAUGAACAUAUACCCAUUCAACAAUACAGAAAACAAAAAUGAUAUGAAGGCAGGUGCCUCGGCAGGACUUGGGAAGGGUUUGGAGACCAUCGCUCCUCUGGUCAGCUCUGUCGAAGAGACCCCUGAUCCAAUCCCUGCUGAGAUACACGGGACCAUUCCCCGCUGGAUCAAUGGCAGCUUGCUCCGAAACGGCCCGGCAAAGUUUGAAUUUGGAGACACCCACUACAACCACUGGUUUGAUGGGAUGGCCAUGCUCCACAAGUUCAAGAUGGAGAAAGGCCAGGUGACGUACACCAGUCGCUUCCUGCGCAGCGACGCCUUCAAGAAAAAUAGCGAGAAGGACCGUAUCAUGGUGUCAGAAAUUGGUACUGUCAACAUGUCCGACCCUUGUAAAAACAUCUUCCAGCGAUUCUUCUCUCACUUUGAAAUGAUAAAGCCAACAGACAACGGCAACGUCAACAUUGUGAAAUACAAGGGCGACUACUAUCUCAGCACGGAAACCAACUUAAUGCACAGAGUGAACCCAGAGAACCUUGAAACACUGGAACAGGUUGACUGGAGCGCGUUUGUUGCUGUCAACGCAGCUUCUGCCCACCCUCACUACGAUCCGGAUGGUACCAGCUUCAAUAUGGGCAACUCCUAUGGAAGAAAAGGAGCCACAUACAACAUAAUUUCCGUACCUCCUGAGAAGUUGCAUGCCGGCGACACCCUGCAAGGCGCCAAAAUUCUGUGUUCCAUCACUCCGGCAAACAAGGCCCAUCCUUCCUACUACCAUAGUUUCGCCAUGUCGGAGAACUAUUUAGUGUUUAUUGAGCAACCGGUUAAAAUUGACCUGAUGAAGAUACUGACAUGUAUGAUGAGGGGCAAGGCACUGUGCGAUGCCGUUUAUUGGGACCCCAAGGUCAACACCAUCAUGCACCUCAUCAACAAGCGUACAGGCAAGGUCAGCCCAAUGAAGUACUACGCCAAAGCUUUCGCCAAUUUCCAUCAGAUCAACGCCUUCGAAGAGGAUGGAUUCUUGAUGAUGGACCUGUGUUGCUUUGACGACGGCCAAGCACUUGACAUCUACUUCCUUCAGAAUCUGCGCAAGUCGGGAGAAGCACUAGAUGAGGUGUACAACAGUAUGAGCAGAGCUCUUCCUCGUCGUUUUGUUUUACCGCUUCAUGUGACUGAUGACACGCCAAUUGACCAAAACCUGAACACUCGUCCUUCCAGUUCGGCAAGAUGCUUCAAAACCAGCAGCACGAUGGUGUUCUGCCAAUCCGAGGAUCUCCAUGGCGAUGACCUCUACCAAUACGGUGGCCUGGAGUUCCCUCACAUCAACUACGAGCGAUACAACACGCGACCUUAUCGGUAUUUCUACGGCUGCGGCUUCAGACACCUGUUCGGUGAUUCGCUUCUCAAGAUGGACCUCAACGACAAAACGUUCAAGGUGUGGCACCAGAAGGGUCUCUUCCCGUCAGAGCCGGUGUUUGUGCCGUCACCAGACGCCACGGAGGAGGACGACGGCGUCAUCCUCUCCGUGGUUCUCUCGCCCUCACAGAAUAAAAGCACAUUCCUCCUGGUUUUGAACGCCAAGACGUUUGAGGAGUUGGGAAGAGCCAACGUGCCGGUCAACAUGCCCUACGACUUCCACGGCGUCUUCAGCGCAUCCACUUGAAUGAGUUAGUUGAUGUCAAUCAUGAUUUCAAUAUGGUCAUCAUAUUAACGAUAAUCCGAAAGCACGAAGUAAGUACGAUGACUUAUAACUGUUAUAAUGACGGUACUGGAAUGAUUUGCUCCUGUAGGCUUGGAGAGAUACUCCUCUGUUAGCAACUGGAGGUAAAUGAAUACAAAUUAUAGAGUCCAGGGUUUUGUUGUUUUUUUUUUUUGUUCUUCUUGGAUUAGUUGCCUGUACGCAACUUUUGUAUGAGCAUAACAUUGAUAAGCCUCACCCAGAUGCAAUGAAAAGCUUCUUCAUAUAAAUGUGCUUUGAAAUCAAUAUCAUUUGGGGUCUCCCCCCCCUCUUUUUUUUACUCAAUCUUUUCUAUAAAAUUCUGAAUCCAUUGAAAA